AUGAAAUCCAUAGUCGGUGCUUCUGUUGCUGCGUUGAGCUAAUGUGGCUAGCUAACAGAGGGCGUAACGUUAUUAGCUACACAUCCAGCAGCUAUGGUUUAUCAGAGGCACACAACCAACAAAAGACAGGCCACGAAUAUAAAUAAGACCAUUCGCGUCUGAGCAGCAAGGAGCUCGUCUUGUUAACUGAGAGUCCGUUUGUGACAAGACACUGGAAUAAGAAGACACUGAACAGGAUGCCGGUUUGACAACAUACUUUUGAAAUUGUUUGGAGGCUAACUUAAGCAUAAAAUAUCUGUUGCUGCAGCGCCUUGGGCACCAAGAGGAAUAUUUAGAAUAAUCAUGACCCCCCACGAGUCAGACGUGAGCACCAUCUCUCCAGAGCUGCCGGCAAUGUUCGACGGCAUGAAGCUGGCGGCGGUGGCCACGGUCCUCUACAUCAUCGUCCGCUGCUUGAAUCUGAAGAGCCCCACUGCCCCCCCUGACCUCACCUACCAGGACACGCCCCUCAACCGCUUCCUUCUCAAGUCCUGUCCUCAGCUGACCAAAGAGUACAUUCCUCCCUUACUGUGGGGUAAAAGCGGCCACCUCCAAACGGCACUGUAUGGUAAACUUGGCCGGGUGAACUCACCUCACCCCAGUGGAGUCAGGAAGUACUUACCCAUGCAGGACGGGGCCACUGCGACCUUUGACCUCUUUGAGCCACAGGGGGAUCAUCGAACAGGAGAUGACAUCACCAUGGUGAUAUGCCCUGGUAUUGGUAACCACAGUGAGAAGCAUUACAUCCGAACCUUUGUGGAUUACGCCCAGAAGGACGGUUACCGCUGUGCUGUGCUGAACCACCUGGGAGCUCUUCCCAACAUCGAGCUUACCUCUCCACGCAUGUUUACCUACGGGUGCACAUGGGAGUUUGCAGCCAUGGUCGGCUACAUUAAGCGGACGUAUCCUCAGACCCAACUGAUGGUGGUGGGCUUCAGUCUAGGUGGAAACAUCGUAUGCAAGUUCCUGGGCGAGAACAGCCUGAACCAGGAGCGAGUGCUGUGUUGUGUCAGCGUCUGUCAGGGGUACAGCGCUCUCAGGGCACAGGAAACAUUCCUACAGUGGGACCAGUUCAGACGCUUCUAUAACUUUCUCAUGGCUGACAACAUGAAGAAAAUCAUCCUCUCACACAGGCACAGUCUGUUUGGGGGAAACCCAGUUAAAAUGAUAGAUCUAGAUCUUGGUCCGCUGUAUACAGCAACAUCUCUCAUGCAGAUCGACGACAACAUCAUGAGAAAAUUCCACGGCCACAGCUCUCUCAAAGAGUACUAUGAGAAGGAGAGCUGUGUACAUUAUAUUCACAAUGUAAACGUGCCACUGCUGCUAGUGAACUCUGCAGAUGACCCUCUGGUUCAUGAAUCACUGCUCACCAUCCCUCGCACACUAGCAGCAAAGAAGCCAAAUGUGAUCUUUUCCCUGACGCUACACGGAGGCCACCUGGGCUUCUUUGAGGGCGCAGUGCUAUUCCCCCAGCCCCUCACCUGGAUGGACAAAGUGAUUGUGGGCUACGCCAACGCCAUGUGCCAGUGGGAGAAACAAAAGCCGCCGUGCCAAAGUGGCCACCUGAGUGAGAGCUCCUGCGCAGAGGAAAAAGCGUAAACCUCUGACCGUUGUUCUCUCUCUCUCUCUCUCUCUCUCUCUCUCUCUCCCUCUCCCUCUCCCUCUCCCUACCUACCUUCUCACCCUCUCCAACACUAAUGCCCCAGCACUGAGGAGACGCCUAAACUAAACCUUAAACUGCUCUCUCUUCUCUGCCUUCUCCUCUGGUGCUACUCACCGCUCCCGACCCACAUCCCGGUCAAACAUGUCUCCCCUUUGUAAUCGCAAUCACCUUACGUUAUGUAAAGGAACAAAAACAACUGCCUUUGUGCUCUUUUUCCGUUGCGAAGACUUUGAAUUCAGAGCAGGAACAUUUUGUUUCUCUUCAUGUACUCAACAAUGAUCCUUGGCUAAUGGAGGCGUUGACUAAAUAUGAGGAGAGAUGAAGUCAAACUGGCAUUAAAAAGUAAAAUGAGAGCACCACUCUAGAGUAGUCCAGUGAAAAACAAGAGCACACAAGAAGCCUCCUAUUACAGUAAUCAAGGACUGUGCUGCAGUCGGUGCCCAUUUACCGCACCUGUAAGAAGCUCACUGCUUAUCACCGCCAAGGCCAUAUAGCCUAGUCUGCUGUCUUAACCAACACAGCAUCUUUGUAGUAUGUAUGUAUGUAUGUAUGUAUGUAUGUUUGUAUGUAUGUAACACAGAUUUGGUGUGUAUGUCUGUGUGUGCCUGUGUAGACCGAGAGUUAAAGACCCGUGACGGAGCAUGUGGUCUUUUGUGUUUGGUAGGUGUGAUCCAAAUUCUCUGUUCGUGGUCUAUCGACCCUUCUAAUAUCUGUUCUUUUGGGUGAAAUUGUUGCUCUGUUGUUGGUAGAAAAUGUACAGUAGAAAAUGCAAGUAUAAUGGUGGGAUUUACCACAUUAUUUCCAGCUCAUAACAUCCUCUUGACACUUGUGUUUGGCACUUGAAUAGAAAGUGUUCAGUGCUUACCAGACGUGACCAGGGAUUAACCCCAGUGGGGAUCCGUGCACAUUCCCACGGUCGCAUUUUAUCACUUUGAUUCAAUGCACUUUAUGACACAAUUUUGUUUUUUUCCGAAUUUUUUUCCACCCUCAUUAGUCAAAGCGCAUUUAUGGAGUUUAUUGAUGGUUUAGCUCUCCUCGUGAACGAGAGGAAGAACUGAAAGAAGCGAUGAUGAUAACGAAAAGUUAGAUGACCCAUAUGUUCCCUGUGUUGUCUGUUGUCUUUGAGCCCUCUUACUCUUUCUUCCGCCUUUGAACAGCUGCAGGUCCAGCCGAGGCUGAUAUCCUUCUCUUACUACACAGACGCUAGCACUCCACCCUCUAAACAUUUGACUUGGUUCAAACAUCUUUUGCGUUUUCCGGCAGAUGAUUCUGUGGUGUCCUCUAAUUUGCCUAGGGAAAGUUCAGCAGUGUGAAGCAGAUAUUCUCCUGUAAUCUAAUCUAAGCUGUGAGGUGUGAUGAGUAAGGAGAGCUGAGGGAGAACAGUGCUAAACCAAAUGUUUAUAAGUGGAUUGUUUGUACUUUGAGUAAUCCUACUGGGGAUUGUUAUACUGUAUACUUAAUUAUUAUAAUAAUUCAAGGGAAUAUUUCUGUCGCAAAUACUGCAUUGAAAGCUUAUUUUCUUGACUGAGCUGAGCGUUAAAGCUGUUGGAAUCUAUCUGAAAUGUGUCUUGAUGAAGUUAUACUGCAAUAAUGGGACCUGUGGACUUUUCAAAACCUGAAUCUAAUAGAGAACUUGUUGCACACCUUGUAAGGGCUUAGGAAGCUUCUUCCAAGGCAAAGUCCAGCCAAGUAAUCUUAACACUGUGAUGAGACAGAUGGAUGGUUUUAGAUGACAAAGGGGUACGCAGUGAUUGACAACAGCACAUUUUGUUUAGGUUGUUUAUGUGUUUAAAAGAUCUGGGUUUGAUAGUAUUUGCAAGUAGUAGCAUUUGUUGCAGGAAGUUUGGCAUGUCAGGACGAUUUAUAUUUAGCUUUGUGUCUGUUAGUUGCAACAUUAUGACAGAUAAUUAUCCUGAGCAUUAAAGUUCAUUCUUCACCUGGGAAAUAUGUGUUAUAUAGUAGCCAGUCACCAACCACCACUAAUUAAAUCUGUCGAUUUUUUUUUUUUUUUGGCUCAAAGACCAUUUCAUGACCACAGUUUAUGUAGAUUUGUUAGUUUUUGAGAUGUAAUUGGCUUAAAUUUAACCUCCUUUUUAUUGGAGUUAUUUUUUUUUUUUGUGUGCAAAUACUGUGAAAUCUAGGUAUCUCGCCAAUGCUGGCUUGGCUAAUAGGGAUUCACCGAUCCAACUUUAUCCCUCUCAACUCAGGGUAUCUGCCAAUACCAUGCACCGAUCCGAGACCAGUGCUCUCUUUUUUUCCCCACAUUGCAAAUCUGUACACCUCACAGAGUGGAACUCGAUCAUUUUGAUGCGCUGUGGAAAGCAGGGAUUGCCAUGGCAGUAGGUCAGCAACCCGCCAUAGCUGAAUUACUGAAACUGAAAGUAGGAAUGCUACAUUUUAUAAUGACAUUGACAAUGAAACUGUAUUUAACAUGGAUCAGUGACAUCGUGGCAGAUAGGGUCGGUGAAUCCCCAAAUGCGCCUUCUUUUUUGCCUCAAAAUAUCAUGUCAUCCUACAUUGUUCAAAACACAAAUCGCUGUUCACUGCUGCCAUCUGUCGUCAGGCAGACCAAACUACAAGUGCAUCCUCUUAUUCAUUUGCACUGAGAUUAUAUCCAUGGUUCACUCUGUCCACAGCUCUCAUUUCAACCAAAUCAGCUGUGGUUUAGUUUAUUCUGGGUCGUAAAACAAAGUUCUGAUGAAUAUUGAUGACACCAGCACAAACCCAGUUUCUGCAGUGAGCGCCAUUUAUGUUCGUUUUAAGAUUUUUGCCUCACCCAACUUUGCACAAAAAUGCAGGUUUGGAUGUAUUAUUUGGAUGUAUUUUUUUCUAGUCAAUUAUUUGGGGUAUUUUGUAUGACUUCUUGUGUUUUAUUUGCUUGUGCAAAUGCAUCAGAGCGUGAGCGUUAAUGAGUAAGAUGAAUACUAUCGUCACCUCUGAUUGACAAAUACCAAAACUUCUUCACUUUAACAAUGAAAAACCUAAAGAAAUAUAUAUAAAUAUAUAGAGAGAGAGAGAUAGUGUAUAUUACAAUAUUUAAGGGAACCGAUAUGAAAAAUAAAGGCAAUAACCAACCAGGAGGAAUCCUCUAAUCAUUUCAACGUGACUGUAAAUGUCAAAUUAUAUUAGACCAUAAUAUGUCAUAUACAUUAAGAUCAUUUUCUUCAUGGAGUAUGGGAUCUGAAAUGUUGUUUUACUGUUUUGAUAUGAGAAUGUGCUCCUGUGUAUUUAACCAAACCCCAGGGCUUCAAGCAUCUGUCAAUGAAUCCAAAAAAUUGGAUUGGGAUGAACAUUACUCAGUGUUGGGUUCUUCUAAAAGGAUUUUUUUUUUACUUUAAAUCUUAUAAGCCCAACCUAGUGGAAGAGAGCCCAUCGUGUUUUAAGCUACAGUAACCCUUAUGCGGCUUUAAUUUAGUGUUUACAAGCAUUUUGAUGUUUUAAGAUCGUAAAGGGACGUGGCGACGAAGACGGGGCACACAUAGUGACACAACAUGAUGUACUCAAGUGAUAUUGAACACUGGGUGUUUUUGUUGAAGAAAACCAGUGGGGUGUGUGUGUGUGUGUGUGUGUGUGUGUGUGUGUGUGAUCUAAAUAUGUGAGGAAAUAUGGUUAUUGUGUUCCAAAAUAAAUUAUUUUCUCAAAAGAAAAAA